AUGGUUCCUAUAGCAGACAACAUGAACAUGACCCCAGAGCCUCCGACACAGAACUGCUCCAACUGCAGCCAGGCGUUUGUCCCAGAGCUCAAUGUGAUCAAGGCUGUGGCGUUGGGACUGAUACUUGGGACCUUCAUCAUAUUUGGGGUUUUUGGGAACAUCCUGGUUAUCUUGUCGGUGGUCUGUCAUCGACACCUACGCACAGUCACACACUACUUCAUUGUCAACUUAGCGGUGGCAGACCUCCUGCUGAGCUCCAUCGUGCUGCCCUUCUCUGCCACCUUUGAGAUCUUAGGGUACUGGGUGUUCGGACGGCCAUUCUGCAACGUGUGGGCAGCGGUGGAUGUGCUGUGCUGCACAGCCUCCAUCAUGAGCCUAUGUGUGAUCUCAGUGGACCGCUACAUCGGGGUCAGCUACCCGCUGCGCUACCCAGCCAUCGUGACAGAGCGCAGGGCACUGCUAAGUCUGGUGGGCCUGUGGGCUCUGUCUGUCACAAUCUCCAUCGGCCCUCUGUUUGGCUGGAAGGAGCCGGCGCCUGAGGAUGAGUCUAUCUGUAAGAUCACAGAGGAGCCUGCCUAUGCCAUCUUCUCUGCUGUGGGCUCCUUCUACCUCCCGCUGGCCAUCAUACUGUCUAUGUACUGCAGGGUGUAUGUGGUGGCCCGCCAGGAGAGCCGGGGCCUGAGGGAGGGGCACAAAACAGACAAGUCAGACUCAGAGAGCAUCACGCUGAGGAUCCACCGCGGCAACACGGCUGUGUCUGAGGACGAGGCCCUGCACAGCCACACACACUUCGCCCUGCGCCUCCUCAAGUUCUCCCGAGAAAAGAAGGCCGCCAAGACCCUGGGCAUUGUGGUUGGCUGCUUCGUGCUCUGCUGGCUGCCUUUCUUCCUGGUUCUGCCCAUAGGUUCCAUAUUCCCGGCAUACAGACCUUCGGACACAGUUUUCAAGAUCACCUUCUGGCUGGGCUACUUCAACAGCUGCAUCAACCCUAUCAUCUACCCCUGUUCCAACCAGGAGUUUAAGAAGGCCUUCCAGAGUAUUCUGCGAGUGCGCUGUCUGAGAGCCCAGCCAAGAGCCACUCAUCACCUAGGUCCAGGCCUCAGUCAAGCCCAGGUCCAGGGUCAUUCUCUCACUCUGAGAAUAGAUGGCAGAGGUGACCCCUCCCGUCGCAGCCCCUCCUCCUCCAUAGCCCUGUCCCGCACACCCUCAUCUAGGGAUGACAGAGAGUGGAAGAUAGAGACAGGACAGGCUAAGGUGGCCCAACUGUGCAGUAGGAGUCUGCUGAAGACCUGCUGCUGCAUCAGAGACGGGAGCCUCAACCAGGGGCCCAGCCAUCCCCAGCCCCCUCCACAUGGGGCCCUGCCCACCAUUAAGAUCCACCAACUGUCUUUCUGUGAAAAUGGAGAGGCCGUAUAACCAGAGAUAAUGAUGGAGUAAAUAAUUUUGAAUGUCUCUGGUAUGAAUACUGUAGUUCUUCUUCUCUUAAACAAAGCAUGGUCUACCCUCAAGGUCCAGUGCUAUUAAAGGAAACUAAAGUGAAUAGUGAAUACAUUUCUAAGCCCAGUGGAGUUUACAACGAUGGAACAUUAAUAAUAGCUGGUGGAGAUGGUCGAUGAAAUUCGGAAAUAUUUGGAAUACUCUGACUUAGAUACACAAUGGCAGUGUUUAAAUUCAUGACUGUUUGUUUUUACACACUAAACCAAGGUUUUACCUCGAGAUGAUGACACUCUUUAAAGGUCCAAUCAGGCAGUUAAUAUCUACAUAUCAACUAAUUUCUGGUUAACAAUUAAGUACCUUGCUGUGAUUGUUUUAAAUUAAAAUGAUCAAAAAGUAACAUUACAUUUACAUUUUAGUCAUUUAGCAGAUGUUCUUAAUCAGAGCGUCUUCAACUAGUGAGAAACAAAAAUAGCUUCUUGGCGAAGAGCAAUUUCUCAAGCAAGAAUUUUGCUAAGGCUGUCUGGUAGUGGUCUGAGUGGGAAGGGGAAAAUGGAAAAUUAGCUGUUAUUGGAACUCUCUUUCUUAUUGGUCUAUUAACUAAUUUACCACCUGGUGAUGCCACCAGGCAGGCCACAACUCUAUCCAGCUCUUACACUAAAAGGGCAUCAUCAUAAUUUUCACAUUUCACAGUAUUAUUCCAACCUCAUAGUGAAAUAUAUAUAAAACACAGUAAAAUCAUGUUGUUGACUGUACUGGGCCUUUAAGACAAGUGCACAUUCUCUCAGGUGGUCUUUGCCACUCUUCACACUUUACCAUCCAGUUGAUUUGAAUAGUAAAGAAAAAACAUCCAAAUUACUAUUCCAAUCUAAUGCCAAAAGUGAUAGUUCCCCAAGAGCAAAAUAUAUCCACCCCCCCUUUUUUAAAUAUACAUGUUAGAAAAAGUUUUCCAUGGGGAUCUUACUGGGAUCUACACUAGCUAUAUCAAUAUAUGUAUUAUUUAUUCCAGAUAUUCCUGAUAAGAUAUUGGGGUUUGUGAAGUUAUUAAUUAAGAAGGACCAAAUUGUGUGUUCCUUGUGUAAUGUUUACAAGUUGUAUACUUACAAAGAAUAUGACCAAUGCAUUCUAGGUCAAGUUUGUACAUAUGUAAUUGGUGGUAACCUCACAUAUUGUUCAAAAUUGUAAUCAUUCUCCCAGUGUCUUCCCCUUUACCAAGCUCUUGUCCCGUUGUGAGAAUAGUGUGUGACUGUGUGAUACUGUGACAUCACUCCCAGUCUCCCUGGGGAGUCAGAGGGCAGGCACAAUGCCCAUCACAAAUGAAUCACACCAUACUGUCCACAGCAGGCUGGAACCCAAGAGGAUACUGUCCUUCCAUGUCACGUAUUCCAAUAAAAAGAGUAUGAGAUAUUCUCAG